UGCGCGCCCCGCGCCCCCUCGCCGCUGCCAUGUCCUGGGCCGCGCUGCUCGGCCUCCUGGCCGCGGUGCUGCUGCUGCUGCUGCUGCUGAGCCGCCGGCGAACGCGGCGACCCGGCGAGCCCCCCCUGGACCUGGGCAGCAUCCCCUGGCUGGGCCACGCCUUGGAGUUUGGAAAGGAUGCCGCCAGCUUCCUGAGCAGGAUGAAGGAGAAGCAUGGUGACAUCUUUACCGUUCUGGUGGGGGGCAGGUACGUCACGGUGCUGCUGGACCCGCACUCCUACGACGCCGUGGUGUGGGAGCCGCGCACCAGGCUGGACUUCCACACCUACGCUGUCUUCCUCAUGGAGAGGAUUUUUGAUGUGCAGCUUCCUCAUUAUAACCCCAGUGAUGAGAAGGCCAGGAUGAAACCGACCCUCCUCCACAGAGACCUGCAGGCGCUCACGGAAGCCAUGCACACCAACCUCCGCACGGUUCUGCUGGGGGACCCCGAAGAGGCAGACGGCAGCUGGCGGGAGACGGGCCUCCUGGAUCUCUCCUACAGCUGCCUGCUCAGGGCCGGCUACCUGACUCUGUAUGGGGUGGAGGCCAUGCCCCAAACCCAGCAAAGCCAGGCCCAGGACCGCGUCCACUCAGCCGACGUCUUCCACACCUUCCGCCAGCUCGACCUGCUGCUCCCCAAACUGGCACGCGGCUCCCUGUCCGUGGGGGAUAAGGACCAAGCCUGCAGUGCCAAAGGCCGCCUAUGGAAGCUGCUGUCCCCGGCCCGGCUGGCCCUCCGUGCCCACAGGAGCAGCUGGCUGGAGAGUUACCUCGGGCACCUGGAGGAGAUGGGGGUGUCUGAGGAGAUGCAGGCGCGGGCACUGGUGCUGCAGCUCUGGGCCACGCAGGGGAACAUGGGCCCCGCUGCCUUCUGGCUUCUGCUCUUCCUUCUCAAGAACCCCGAGGCCCUGGCCGCCGUCCGCCGAGAGCUGGAUCAUGCCCUCGGCAGAGCAGAGCAGCCCGGUGUGCCAACAGCCACCCUCUCGCAGAAGGUUCUAGACAGCUUGCCCGUGCUAGACAGCGCGCUGAACGAGAGCCUGAGGCUCACGGCCGCGCCCUUCAUCACCCGCGAGGUCCUGGUGGACAUGGCCCUGCCCCUGGCAGACGGGCGGGAAUUCUCCCUGCGCCGGGGUGACCGCCUGCUCCUCUUCCCCUUCCUGAGUCCCCAGAAGGACCCAGAAAUCUACGUGGACCCUGAGGUGUUUCUAUACAACCGGUUCCUGAACCCCGAUGGCUCAGAGAAGAAAGACUUUUACAAGGAUGGCAAACGGCUGAAGAAUUACAACAUGCCCUGGGGAGCCGGGCACAAUCAGUGCCUGGGGAAGAGCUUCGCGGUCAACAGCAUCAAGCAGUUCGUGGUCCUCCUGCUGACACACUUCGACCUGGAGCUGGCCAGCGCAGAUGCCGAGACCCCUGAGUUUGACCUUGGCAGGUUCGGCUUCGGCCUGCUGCAGCCCGGGCAGGACGUGUCCAUCCGGUACCGCGUCCGGCAGUGACCCACGGGGCAGUCGCCGCGCACCUGCCUCCCGCCCGCUCCUCCAGCGUCUGACUGCACCAGCAUGGCCGCCUCCAGGCUUCUCCCCAGAACACUGUGUCCAGACGGGGGGACGGAGGGGAGGCUGAGCAUAACAGCCAAGAAGAAAAGCUGUCCGAAGCCACAGCCGGGCGCCCUGAGGUUCCCGGUGCUCCGAGUCCAGCCCCCAGGGCAUCGCUCUCCCGGCCCUUCCAUCCCGGCAGAAGCCGGCCCCCACCUACCCUCUAAUGAUCAAAGUCGCUAAAGCUGGCCAGCGGCGCAUGCCUGUCGUGCUAGCUCUUUUGAGACCAGCCUGGGCAGAAAAGAAGACAUGCUACCCCUUCUCAAUAAAGAGCCAAAGGUGGUGCUGUGUACCUAAUCCUUGCGAUCAGGACGCCUGUAGAUCACACACACACACACACACACACACACACACACACACACACACACACACCCCGCCCCCAGGCACACACCCAGGGCGGAAGCCAAACCCUAACUCAAACAUAACCAGCUUUAAUCAGGGCAGGAGGCGCGGCUCCAGGGUAAGAGCGCCUGCCUCUGAGUCCAAACUCCAGUGUCGCCAAAGAACCUCACAGCCGGAGGAUCCCUUGGGAUCACCCCUGUGCCCUGCCCCUCCCCCCGUGUUGUCCACUGG